CUGAGAAAACCGGGGCCAUUCAAUCUACCACCACCCAACUAUAGAGGCAACCAUGUGCGGGAUCCUGGGCUGCGUUCACCACCCCAAAGCGGCCGAGUACCGCUCCAAGAUGCUGACGAUGUCGCGAUGCAUUCGUCACCGAGGCCCAGACUGGUCCGGUUGCGUCGUGGCCACGCACGGAAGCGGUGCACACCGAGUGUCGGAGAGGUCCGCAGCUGCCUCAAAGGAUGAAGAGGAGACCAACAAGAAUGGCAGUGCCACGCCCGAGACGGGCAGUAUCCUUUGUCACGAGAGGCUGGCUAUCGUUGGUGUCGACACUGGCGCCCAGCCGCUCAUCUCGACGGACGGCAACCUAAUCCUGGCUGUCAACGGAGAGAUUUACAACCACCGACAGCUUCGCAAGUCGCUCAAGGACUCUAGCGCAGAAUUCAAGACGCACAGUGACUGCGAGGUCAUCCUUCACCUCUACAAGGAGCACGGAACCGACUUCGUGUCCAUGCUCGACGGUAUGUUCUCCUUCAUCCUUCUCGACACUUCGGUCAAGCCGCACCGCUGCAUCGCUGCCAGGGAUCCCAUUGGUAUCACGACGUUCUACCAAGGCUGGAGCUACAAGUAUCCCGGCGCAGUGUACUUUAGCUCGGAGCUCAAGGCGAUCCACGACGAAUGCGACAGGAUCCGAGCCUUCCCUCCAGGGCACUUCUAUGACAGCUCGCUGCCAGAAGGCCAGGAGACGGUUCGUUACUACAAGCCAAAGUGGUGGCAUGGCGACGAAGAAGGUGCGGCGCUGCCCAAGGGAGAGGCAGAUCUUACAGCGAUCCGCGAAGCACUGGAGCGUGCCGUUCGCAAGCGUCUCAUGUCCGAGGUGCCCUACGGCGUCCUCCUCUCCGGUGGUCUCGACUCGAGCCUGAUUGCAUCCAUUGCUGCGCGCGAGACCAGCAAAGUGGCUGAGGCACAACGUCUUCGUUUCGAGGAAAAGCGUGCUAAGAAGGCCGCUCGCGUCGCCGAGGUCGCCAACGGGGUGGGAGCCGACGGUGCUCCCGAUGGCCUCCCCGUCGGUAUCGACGAGGACGCCGAGAACGAGGCCGACACGCUGGCUGCCUGGCCUCGACUUCACAGUUUCUCCAUCGGUCUGCCAGGUUCGCCUGACUUGCUGGCCGCCAGGGAGGCUGCCCGCUUCCUGGGCACGGUGCACCACGAGCACACCUUCACCGUGCAGGAGGGUCUCGACGCCGUCAGGGAUGUCAUCUACCACCUUGAGACAUAUGACGUGACGACGGUGCGAGCGUCUACGCCCAUGUAUCUCCUCAGCCGCAAGAUCAAGGCCAUGGGAGUCAAGAUGGUCCUCAGUGGCGAGGGUUCCGACGAGAUCUUUGGUGGCUACCUCUACUUCCACGCCGCGCCCACUGCAGACGAGUUCCAUCAGGAGUGCGUUCGAAGGGUCAAGAACCUGCACACGGCCGACUGCCUGCGCGCCAACAAGAGCACCAUGGCCUGGGGCCUCGAGGCUCGCGUGCCCUUCUUGGACAAGAACUUCCUCGAGGUCGCCAUGGGGGUCGAUGCCAAGCACAAGAUGUUCAGCAAGGGCUCCCUCCAGACGAAGGAUGCCGAUGGGCGGCCGCAUAUGGAAAAGUACAUUCUGCGCAAGGCCUUCGACCUGACACCCGAGGGCGACGACAAGCCUUACUUGCCCGAGAGCAUCCUCUGGCGGCAAAAGGAGCAGUUCAGCGACGGCGUCGGCUACAGCUGGAUCGAUGGCAUGAAGGACUAUGCCGAGUCUCACGUCAGCGACGCCAAGUACGCCGAGCGCAAGCAGCGGUACCCGGUUGACACGCCCGACACCAAAGAGGCAUACUGGAUCCGCGAGAUGUUUGAGGAAUGGUUCCCUGGUGACGCAGCCGCGAGGACGGCUGUGCGAUGGGUCCCCCGUGGAGACUGGGGCUGCUCGAGCGACCCCAGCGGACGGGCCGUGGCGAUUCACGACGCCGCAUACAAGGAGUGAUAGAGAACACAAAAAAAGGCACAGCCGAUGCUAUCUUUUGAGGCUAGUUAUCGCUGUCUUUCCCCCUGCUGCAUGUAUCUCUCUGUUUAUGGCGUUUGGUUGAUAAUGUAAAGAGCAAUAGACCAGAAGUUGUUCCAUC